GCAUUUGGAGAAGUUCUUCAGCAACUUGGGAGAAUUGAGGAAUCAAGUGUUCAAUUCGAAAAAGCUCUUUCUAUUUUCCGCAACAACCUUGGAGACAACCACCCUAGAGUCGCCAUGGUCUACAAUUUCAUUGCGAAAGAUUUGGCUCAGACAGGUCACCAAAAUAAAGCGGUGGAACUUUUGGAGAAGGCGGUCAAGAUUCAGUUGAAGAAUUCAAGAGAUGACCAUCCUGAUCUCGCCAAGAUCUAUGCCACCAUGUCUGAUAUUUCAAAUGCUGAAGACCUACAAGAAAAACCAUAA